GAACACUACAUUUCACCCCCCUCUCUCUCUCUCUCUUUCCCAUCUCCCUGUUUUUCUUCUCUGUCUCUACUCUUCUUCUCUUAGCAAGAACGCCACCCUAUCAACCAUUCUCACUCGUUUUGGCGUUUCUUGUUCUUGUUAGAGAGCCACCAUGAGCUCCAUUAUUCAAAGCUUUCAAAAGAGCCAUGCACUCCCCGUCUCUCAAACCGAAUCAAAAGAGCAACUGCCAGGGCUACGUAGAAGGCUUUCCUCUCUGUCUCUCAAUAUAAAGCCUAUCUCUUCGCCAGCGACAUCAUGGGCAUUUCACAGAUCAAAGUCUUUGUCGUCCAUGGGAGAGUAUGCUGGUAGUUCCAUCAGGAAAUGGUGGGACUGGGGCUGGUCUUGGGUUCUCUCCAGAAAACCCAUGUUUGCUAAAGACCUUGAAAUGAACGAAGAAGAAACUAGGAUUCUAGGCUGCCACAACAAAGGCAGCUGGAGACAUGUUUUUUACAAGGUUAGGUCUGAGGUCAAAAAACUGGUGGGAUCUGACAAAGUUGGCCUCCCGCAAACUUACAGGUACAAUUCUUUAGAUUACUCCAAGAAUUUUGAUGAUGGACAGAAAAUCUAUGGUUGAGACUGGAGAGAGAACACGUCAUCGGUUGAUUUUGGAAUGCAUGAAUGGAAGAAGUACUGUUGAAAGAAAGCUCCGAAGGGAAAUUAAUAAGCUUCAAGAUUCAGAUCAGACAGACUGUAGAAUUCUAUCUUUUCGCAUGGCUCUUGCUUUUUCUUUUCUGGGUUUCGGCUUUAAUUUCUUUGUUACUAUAAUGCAUGUUCAUUCGUGAAAACAAACAAAUGGCCUGUGAUUAUAUUGUUAAUGUUGUGUUAGUAUAUAAUGUGAUGUUGCUUGGAGAGGGGAAGAGGGAAAACUUCAACUACUUGUUGGUUGAGCUGAAUCCACCUCACACUUUACUAAUCGCGCUCUUCUCUGCCUCUCCAACCACAUCUACAAAGUCUACAUUGUUCAUGAAUUCAAGUUAAUGGCCUUAUGGCUAUGGGGGUACCAUGCAUUGCACAAAAAGGAAGUUGCCGCAAAGGUGGAUUCACUGUAUUAGACACCAUCUGUUAGCUAAAAAAACAAAUUGUUAUUGUUA